UAAUGAAGAGGACGAAGAUGAAAUGGAAGCUGAUGAAGCCAAUGAGGAUGAAGAAGCUGGCGAAGAAGAACCUACUAUACCAUCUAAAGUAAAAACUGGCGAAAUCCCCUCAACUGUACCAGCAAAUAAAAUUGUUCAUGUUACAAAAUUACCCAAAAAAUGCAAACAAGUUGAUGUCGUCGAAGCUUUUGCCAAAUACGGAGCAAUUGACCAAAUACAUAUUGUUACCACUCCCGGCGGUACUGUCGCUAAUGUUGCCUAUAAAACCGAAAAGGCUGCAACAGCAGCCUUGGAGGCCAACAAAAAAGUCAAAGUACUUGAUUCUCUAAUUUGGGUAACCAAGUAUGCUAAGAGUAGCGACAAAAAGCAAAAAACUAAAAUCAACGAAAGUCGCGAACGGUCGGUUUAUGUGCGUUAUCUUAAAGCUGGCACUACUGAGGAUCAACUUAGAGCACAUUUCGAAGGUUGUGGUGAAAUGGAACGUGUCAAGUUAGUGAAUAAAUUUAACACCACAUUUGGCUUUGUUACCUUUACCGAUACGUCCUCCAAGGAAGCUGCCUUGAAACUUCAUAAUUCAGUAUUAAAUGAUGUUAACAUUGGAGUGUGUGAAAAUAAUGAGAACCCCACUCAAGUUGGACAACUGUACGACGAAAAACUUACAGUAAUGGUAAAGAAUAAGCAAAGCUUUGAGUGUGUUGAAGUAGCUAAACUCGAGUCCAUCUUCUCCAAAUGUGGUGAAAUUGAAAGUAUGGAUAUUGUUUGCAAGAAGAAUGUUUUGGCUUUCAUAACCUACAAAACCGAACAAGCGGCACAAAAGGCCCUCAAACUGAAUGGUAAAACUGAGCAAGGCAUUGAAUUGGAAUCGGAAUUAUACAAUCCAUUCAAUAAGAAAACUGCCAUUUAUAUUUCUAAUUUACCUAAAGAGUGCACUGAAGAAGAUUUGACAAAAUGUUUCUCUAGAGCCGGUGAAAUCACAAACAUCGUUCAUAAAGGCGGUUACGCUAUCAUACGUUUUGUAGACUCCGAUGCUUAUUGUAAAUCAUUCUUAUUCAAUGAGAGCUUUAUCAAGAAACAAAUGAUUUUUGUCGAGCCCCAUUCUAUACGCAAGAAGGCUGUAAUGAAGUCCAAAAUACCCAAGAAUUUCCAAAAGAAGGGCUUCAAACGUCCAGCUGAAAAUGGCAAUAGUGUUUUCAAGCCCAAAAAAGCUAAAAAUAACUAAAUGAAAUUAUUUUUCUUUCAAAUAUACCUUUAUUUUAAGUAAUAUCAAUCAACAUUUUAUUAAGUUGUAACAAAAUAUUUAAAUAAACAAUUAUAAUGCAAUUUUAAUGCAUUUUUAUAAUAGAAAA